GUUUUUUUUAUUGAGACAAAUCAAUUACUAGAACGGGUUUAGUGGAGUUUGUGAUCGUGAUCGGAAAAUGGUGGGAGGAGGAGGAUACGCGUGGGCAGUAUCCGCUGGAUUCAACGCCGCUCUUGCAGCCAUCUUCGCCAAGUUCACCUUUCACAUCUUGAUUAAAUAUGCGCUGGUGGUAUUGUUCAAUGUAACAAUGUGGGGUUGUUAUGUCAACAGCCUUAAAGCUCUUUCUUCUCUUCAAGCCACCGUCACCAAUUUCGCCACCAAUUUCAUCACUUCUGGUUUAGCUGGUUUCUUCUUCUUUCAUGAAUCACUCUCUUUUCAGUGGUUUGCAGGUGCGCUACUUAUAAUAAUUGGUGUAAUAAUACUUAGCAACUCAAGUAUUGAAGAAAAGGUUAGCUCUGAUUAGAUGAUGCGUUUAACAUGGUACCGAUCAAGGUUGCUUGUUAAAGGGGGGGAGCUAGCAUCUGCAACUGUAUGAACAAGGAAUUGUAACAUUAUAAAUAGUAUAGUUAGAUAAUCUGCUGGGUUAUUUGUACUCACAUGAAACAAGCUGAACAAUGUAACAUCAUUGUUUUAUUGAUUUUAUUUAUGUGGUGUUGUUGGUUUGAGAUGAAUGCCAAUAUUUUAGAGGCCGUGUCUGUUUGCUGUUAUUAUAUUUGUAUGAUGUUGGUCAUGUUACAUGUUAUCUUUGGUUCUUUUCUCAUAAUUGAAUUGGACAGAAUUGGUGCA